UGACAUCAUAUGACAGAGGCGCAGACGCCACUUGUAUUCAACCGUUCUCUCGAGCUGUCACAAGUAAGUUCCCCUUGAGAGAUUGUCAUCGCCAAUUUCCACUGGUAGUUGAAGUAACUGAGCAUAUAAAAUAAAAUGACAAGCCUUGGUCACUUGCAACAAGUGGCUGCAGUGCAGCGGGACUACAUUGCCCAGCCACGUCUAUGCUACAAAACUGUCACAGGUGUUAACGGCCCACUUGUCAUUCUUGAUGAUGUCAAAUUUCCUAAAUUUGCUGAAAUUGUAAAUUUACAUCUGGCUGAUGGGACGGAGCGAAAGGGACAGGUGUUAGAAGUUAGUGGUUCCAAGGCUGUGGUGCAGGUAUUUGAGGGAACCUCAGGUGUAGAUGCCAAGCAUACAGUAUGUGAGUUCACUGGAGACAUUCUGCGUACUCCAGUGUCAGAAGACAUGUUGGGUCGUGUUUUUAAUGGUUCUGGUAAGCCUAUUGACCAGGGACCAACUGUAUUGGCCGAGGAUUUCUUGGAUAUUCAAGGUCAGCCCAUCAAUCCAUGGUCUCGAACUUAUCCAGAGGAAAUGAUUCAGACUGGUAUCUCAUCCAUUGAUGUCAUGAACUCAAUUGCUCGAGGUCAGAAGAUUCCCAUUUUCUCAGCUGCUGGUCUGCCUCACAAUGAAAUUGCAGCCCAGAUUUGUCGUCAGGCUGGUUUGGUCAACUUGCCAUCGAAAGGUGUACUUGAUGACCACAAGGAUAAUUUUGCAAUUGUUUUUGCUGCCAUGGGUGUCAACAUGGAAACAGCACGCUUCUUCAAACAGGACUUUGAAGAAAAUGGUUCCAUGGAGAAUGUGUGCUUGUUCCUGAAUCUUGCCAAUGACCCAACCAUUGAGCGUAUCAUCACCCCUCGUCUGGCUCUGACCACUGCUGAGUACUUGGCUUACCAGUGUGAGAAGCACGUACUCAUUAUUCUUACCGACAUGUCAUCAUAUGCUGAAGCUUUACGUGAGGUAUCAGCUGCCAGAGAAGAGGUACCAGGCAGAAGAGGUUUCCCAGGUUAUAUGUACACUGACUUGGCCACCAUCUAUGAACGAGCCGGGCGAGUGGAGGGACGUCAAGGGUCAAUCACUCAAAUCCCCAUCCUUACUAUGCCUAAUGAUGAUAUUACACAUCCAAUUCCUGAUCUGACGGGAUACAUCACAGAAGGCCAGAUCUACGUAGAUCGUCAGUUGCACAAUCGUCAGAUUUACCCACCAAUUAAUGUGCUUCCUUCGCUUUCUCGACUUAUGAAAUCUGCCAUUGGUGAUGGAAUGACCAGGAAGGAUCAUUCAGAUGUGUCUAAUCAGCUGUAUGCCUGUUAUGCCAUUGGCAAAGAUUUACAGGCCAUGAAGGCAGUUGUGGGAGAAGAAGCAUUGACCUCAGAUGAUCUCUUGUAUUUGGAGUUCCUUGCUAAGUUUGAAAAGACCUUCAUUUCGCAGGGGCCAUAUAUGAAACGCACCAUUUUUGAGUCCUUGGAUAUUGGUUGGCAAUUGCUUCGUAUUUUCCCCAAGGAGAUGCUUAAGCGUAUCCCCGCUGCCACCCUUGCUGAGUUUUACCCUCGUGAUCGUCCUCAGUAAAGGAUUGACAAACAGUCAUUGUUAAGUUGUCGCUCAUUACUGUUAUCAUUCACUGGUUGUAUAAUUGUCAUCAGGCUUGAGUUACAAAUAUGUGUAAACAUGACAAAUUGACAUUUUUGUGUCUAUUUAAGGGGGUACUUAAGCAUAAUUAGCCUGAAAGUUUGUGCAGAUAUUUACAUAUUAAGAAAUAUUCAAGAUUGAUACUGCAUUAGGCUGUUAUAAAAUUGCAAUUAUUGGUAAGAAUCUAGGAACUAAAGAGUUGAAAUAAUAUCCCAAGAUGAUAUCCAAACUAAUCUAAGUAGCAGCUGGGAUGGUACUCAGCUAAUUUGGGGAUAAGGUUUAUCACUGUUGCUUUUUAAUUGUCAUUAGUAUAUGGAAAAGCUGAGUACAUAAUGUCUAUCCAUCUGUUUAUAUAUGUAUAUGUACAUGCUUAUGUACUAUAUAUAUAUAUAUAUAUAUAUAUAUAUAUAUAAUAUA